AUAAAAUGUUUAGAUCGGUAAGCACAAGCAGAGUUUCUGAUGAUACAUACUACAGUAUUUAUAAUCAUUCUCCCACCUCUAAAGCGGUUUCCCCUGCAUUAAGAGCAUUGGCUUUAGAAGCUAAUGAAUUGCCUCAACAUGAAACCUCGUCGUUUUCUUCGUCGACGACUCCCAAGAAAGAUAAAUUAGGACGUGCGAGAUUCUCGGAGAAAGCUGUUCAUCUUAUUCCUAUUGUUCUCCUUUUUUGUGUUCUUGUUCUCUGGGCUUUUUCGAAUCCUGAAAUUAAUAUGACAAUUAAGAAGGAUUUCAUGGCGACAAAAAUAAAACGGAAAACGGUGGAACGAGAUAUUGAUAGAUAUACUACAAUUCAAAUACAAAGGUCACAAGCAGAUCACGAUUUUGUUGAGACAUCCUUACGCAAAGAAGGAAAAAGGCUCGGAACAUCUAUAGGAACCUAGCUAGCUAGUCUCAAAAGAUUCUUUCUUCGCUUGUAUAUUAUGAUUUUGCUUUAUCUAUAUCUUA